CAUGAUACACGUUUCAGGUCCCUGUAUUAGAACUGUGGAAUCCUAUUUUCUUGUGCUUUAGUUUGAGCUGAUUUGCCAAGUUAACUAAUUACUUCGGUCUCAGAGAAAGAUAUUCCAACACCAUGGUAAGAGCUCCUUACUUUGAUAAAAAUGGAAUAAAAAAAGGUGCAUGGAGCGAGGAAGAGGAUAAGAGGCUCAUGGCUUAUGUUGAGAGACAUGGGCAUCCCAAUUGGCGUCAACUACCAAAGUUUGCAGGAUUGCAAAGAUGUGGAAAGAGUUGCAGACUUCGUUGGAUGAAUUACCUUAGGCCAAAUCUAAAACGAGGGAACUAUACCCAGAAAGAAGAGCAAAUAAUCAAGGAUUUGCAUAAAAAGCACGGAAAUAAAUGGUCUCUGAUUGCUGAAAAUCUCCCCGGAAGAACGGACAACGAGAUAAAGAACUAUUGGCACAGCCACCUAAAGAAGUUCCUAAAGGGCAAUGAGAACACCCCUUGUGAUGAUGAUGAUGAGUUAAAGUCCACUGAAUGCAAAGAGUUUGAAAGGUCAAUGAACAAGGCUCAUAGUGCUGAUUCCCACCACAUUCUGGAGAGUUCAGUGUCCAUUUCCUCAGAAACUUCCUACACUGAAGGCAAUUCCCCUUCAUUCUCCUCUAGUCAUACAACAGAAUCAUCAACCCUUUCCAAGGAAGAAGAUAGUGUUGUUUCAUGGCAAACAAUGGAUGUGCUUAGUAGCAAUUUCUGGACUGAACCGUUUAUUUCAGAAAAUGCUCUUAAUCAAGACUACUUUCCCAUUUCAUCCUACGGAACAGAACCAUUUUUCUUGUGGUAGUUGUGAACAGUUGUUCUACCAAGUGGCUCUAGAAUUUCCAUAGAGUUAUACAGCAAAUAGUGUUGCAUUUUUGCUAGUAAGUUCUUGAAAUUUGAGGAAUUUGGGGGAACUUAGUCACCUGUUAUUUCGUAAUUUCCAAAUGAAGGGGAAAAAAGAGAAAAGGUUUGUGUCAGCAACUUUGUUUUGCAGAACAAGCACUCAAGUUAUGGAGAGAAUCAGAAUAUGUUGUAUUUUAUACAUGAUACAGUGAAAAAUUACAGAACCAAUUGCAUAUAAUUUUGACA